AACCCCACUGUGUUGUGUUAUGAACACACUCUAACCUAGUAAUAAUUUUAUUUGUAAGUACCAAAAACUUUCUGCAGAAAACUUUUUGAGGAAAAGUUGGGUGUUUGAAAAAGCUUAAUUCAGAGCAAUGGAUGCGUUGUGUGCUAGUAUGAAGGGCACUGCACAAUUAGUGGCAAUUUGCAACCAAGAGAGUGCAUUUUGGGGAGAGAAGAUUAGUGGAAGAAGAUUGAUAAACAAGGGUUUUGGGGUCCGGUCGUGCAAGAGCUUUACAACUCAACAAAGGGGUAGAAAUGUUACGUCUGCUGUUCUCACCCGUGAUAUAAACAAAGAGAUGCUGCCAUUUGAAGAAUCAAUGUUUGAGGAACAACCAACUGCGGACCCAAAAGCUGUUGCCUCUGUCAUUCUAGGUGGUGGUGUUGGAACUCGUCUUUUUCCUCUUACCAGCAGAAGAGCUAAACCAGCUGUUCCAAUUGGUGGUUGUUACCGGCUAAUUGAUGUACCAAUGAGUAACUGCAUUAACAGUGGCAUACGGAAAAUUUUCAUCUUAACACAGUUCAAUUCCUUUUCCCUCAAUCGUCACCUUGCCCGCACGUAUAAUUUUGGAAAUGGAGUGGGUUUUGGAGAUGGAUUUGUGGAGGUUUUAGCUGCAACCCAGACUCCAGGGGAUGCAGGAAAAAUGUGGUUCCAAGGCACUGCUGAUGCUGUGCGGCAAUUUAUAUGGGUAUUUGAGAAUCAGAAGAACAAGAAUGUCGAGCACAUAAUAAUUUUGUCUGGUGACCAUCUUUACCGAAUGAACUACAUGGACUUUGUUCAGAAGCAUAUUGACACGAAUGCUGAUAUUACAGUUUCAUGUGUUCCAAUGGACGAUGGUCGAGCUUCAGAUUUUGGAUUGAUGAAAAUAGAUGAAACAGGACGUAUCAUCCAAUUUGCUGAGAAACCCAAAGGCCCUGCUUUGAAGGCAAUGCAAGUUGACACAUCUAUCCUCGGACUAUCUGAGCAAGAGGCGUCCAAUUUUCCUUACAUUGCAUCCAUGGGUGUUUAUGUAUUCAAAACUGAUGUUUUACUAAAUCUUCUCAAGUCAGCAUACCCUUCAUGCAAUGAUUUUGGCUCUGAAAUCAUCCCUUCUGCUGUGAAGGAUCACAAUGUCCAGGCAUAUUUGUUUAAUGAUUACUGGGAGGAUAUUGGAACAGUGAAGUCUUUCUUUGAUGCCAACUUGGCCCUCACAAAGCAGCCUCCAAAGUUUGACUUCAAUGACCCGAAGACCCCGUUCUACACUUCUGCUAGGUUCUUACCUCCUACAAAAGUUGACAAAAGCAGGAUAGUGGAUGCAAUAAUUUCACAUGGUUGCUUUCUGAGGGAAUGCAACAUCCAGCACUCUAUAGUUGGUGUACGAUCACGCUUAGACUAUGGUGUUGAGUUUAAGGAUACCAUGAUGAUGGGUGCAGAUUAUUAUCAAACUGAAUCUGAGAUUGCUUCACUACUAGCAGAAGGAAAGGUUCCAAUAGGAGUCGGGCCAAACACCAAGAUACAAAAUUGCAUAAUUGACAAGAAUGCAAAGAUAGGAAAAGAUGUGGUUAUUCUGAACAAGGAAGGUGUUGAAGAAGCUGAUAGGUCAGCAGAAGGAUUUUACAUUAGGUCCGGGAUUACCGUCAUAAUGAAGAAUGCAACCAUUAAAGAUGGGACAGUCAUAUGAAAACUUGCUUAGUGUUCUUGCUAGUUGAUCCUGGAAGGAAAUAAAAAAGUAGGCUGGUAUGGUCUAGUGAUGAUGAAUGUGCUACUAAGGUUUUUCUGACAUUGUUUACUUUCUACCUAUGACAUAUUCACUUUCUUGGACUUGAUGAAACACAUUUCCAAGUGAACCUCAGUCCUCCAUCUUUAAGUUUUCAGCUGGCAGCAGCUUGGUGAGAGGCUUUUGCUGCCUCGCUUCAGUUUCCACCAUUUGCAGAGGGGGUGUGACAAAGGGUUUGCUGGAAAAUGAUAUUGUAUAUAUAGGUUAGAUAUUACUUUUUAUACUUGGUAUGUUAACUAUUGAACACUAAGGUGUUGUUUGGUACAAAGAUUAAUAACGUGUGGAUUAGUAAUGCAUGGACUAGUAAUGUCAGGUUUAUUUUUUAUC